UUUCAUUUAAUUUCUUUAAGUUUACUCUAAAGAAGGGGGUUAUCAUUUGGAUAUUUGGGGGAAGCUGUGAGAAUGCCCAGUUCUAGCGAGCCAUUCGAUUCGCAGUUCGGAGAUCAUUCCAAGAAGAUGGACGAGUUGUCUUGGCCUUCCAAGACUCAGUUUGAUGAAAUAAGAAAGAUGGUGGCUGAAAUGGCUGGAAGAGGUACUGAGGAUGUCAAGGUUGUUGUAUCCCCUUAUAGGAUUUGUCCGUUGGGAGCGCAUAUUGAUCAUCAGGGUGGAACUGUAUCUGCUAUGACCAUUAAUAGGGGGAUACUUUUGGGGUUUGUUCCUUCAGGUGACUCUCAGGUUCUACUACAUUCAGGACAGUUUAAAGGAGAAGUUAGGUUCAGUGUUGACGAAUUCCAGCACCCAAGGCAUACUGUUAUAGGAAGCAACCAAGUCAAUGGAAGUGGUUCAUCUAAAGUAGAUGAAGAAUGCAGUUGGGGAAAUUAUGCUAGAGGUGCCCUGUAUGCUCUACAAAGUAGGGGAAACCACCUCACCCAGGGUAUCAUAGGGUUUAUCUGUGGUUCAGAAGAUCUUGAUAGUUCAGGUCUUAGCUCUUCUGCAGCUGUUGGAGUUGCUUACCUGUUGGCUUUUGAGAGUGCUAAUAAUCUUCCUCUGUCUCCCACAGAAAAUAUUGAGUAUGAUCGGCUGGUUGAAAAUGAAUAUUUAGGUCUGAGGAAUGGGAUAUUGGAUCAGUCAGCAAUACUGCUUUCAAGAUAUGGUUGUCUGACCUGUAUGAACUGCAAGACCAAGGAAUACAAGCUUGUACAUCCACCAAAGUUUCAAAGUCAUGGAAACCAGAUGGAGAAAGCAUACAAGAUAUUGUUGGCAUUUUCAGGCUUGAAACAAGCUUUGACCACUAACCCUGGAUAUAACAACCGAGUUGCUGAGUGUCAAGAAGCUGCAAGACUUCUGUUGCAUGCUUCUGGAAAUGGUGGUGUGGAGCCUCUACUAUCCAACGUCGAGCUGACAGUAUACGAAAAGCACAAGUCCAAAUUAGAACCCACUUUAGCUAGAAGAGCAGAGCAUUAUUUCUCAGAGAAUAUGCGUGUGAAGAAAGGACUUGAAGCAUGGGCCUCUGGCAAAUUAGAGGAUUUUGGGAAACUCAUCUCAGCUUCUGGUCUUAGUUCCAUCCAAAAUUAUGAAUCUGGAUGUGGACCACUGAUAGAACUAUAUGAGAUACUUCUAAGGGCUCCCGGUGUUUAUGGAGCUCGGUUCAGUGGUGCGGGAUUUCGGGGAUGCUGUAUUGCAUUUGUGGAUGCCAGCCGUGCUACUAAGGCUGCAUCCUUUGUUAAGGAAGAAUAUCAGAAGCGCCAGCCUGACCAGGCAAGCAAACUCAACCCAGAGAGUGCUGUUUUGAUAUGCGAUGCCGGCGAUUGUGCUCGUGUAAUCUGAUCUAUUGAGCAUUCUUUUCUUGUAUUGCUAUCUUGUAAUGACAACUACCACUUGUACACCAUCUGUAAACUCCUGCCUCAGCUCCUGUUGAUUCUUCUUCUUAUAUCAUCAUGUAUACGAAUAUUACAAGUUCAUAUUGUUUCAUUGACCAAAGUAGUGUUGUUAGUUUGUUUUCUGCCUGA